ACAACUUCGUGAGGAAAGGGGAUGGUUUUAUUCUCCCCUGCGAAAGCAGUUUUGCAGAUAUUUUUCCUCCUUUAUUAAACUAAUCACUGUAAAUAUCACGGUAUGCUAGUUUUUCUCAAGCUAAACAAGUAACAGGACAACUGGAUAUUUUACUCUUUUUUUGGUGUUGAGUGUGCCGAGGUGACUAAAUUUGCCUUGUUGAGCCUUGUAAAAUCCUGACUUAAUCAUGUAAACUUCUGUGUAAGCAAAAUAGACGAAACUUCAAAGGGUCAAAAACCCUUUAGGGAUUUGCGAGGAGACGCCAGCAAUAGAUCCUAAUCUGCCUCCAGAAUCCUGGCUGUAUUUGUCCAAGGAACUGGUACCAGCAAACUCUCGAAGGUAGAGAUAGUGGGUUGAUUCAGCCUUUAUCCCCUUAGAGAGUAUUGGCUUUGUGAGGCUCUAGGCAGCGCUUCAACGCCAGGGGAUCUUGCCCAAACCCUCUAAAAAUGAAGUACAGGAGUAAUUUGAGAUAAUGACUUUGUAACAGGCUUGGGCAGACCUUGGACAGAAGAAGUGAGAGAUGUUAUCACCCCAGCAUUCCUCUUAAAAUGCAGUUUUUCCCCCUGCUUAUUCCCAGUUAGUCAAAGCUACAUUAACAUUCCAUCCAGGGCUGCUAAACAGAAUCUUAAUUAGUCCUGAUACUCUUGUGCAAGGGGUUUAUUCAUUGCACUCUUAACUAAUGGUUGCUGUCAGAGUAUUUUUUUUCUUCUUUGGGUUCUUUGGGGAUAUCGUGUUCUGCUGCAAAGCAUGACAGAAAUGUAAUGUGCAUGCAGAAAAAAAAGCUUGCAGAUCUGACAUCUUGAGACUGAGGCUGACUCCAGCCUUGUCUAAUGGAGAAACAUUGUUAGGACUAAUGAGAAUAACUUCACCAAUAGAAAUAUCUCUGCCUCUUUUUUAUCUUAAAUUUUAAUGGUACACGCUCUCUCGCUCAUUUAUUUUUUUUUCGGUGACAGAAAACGACACAAAAUUGUUACUGUUUUGAAGCAGUUCACGCAACUCCCACUAAAUUUGCAGCCUUCCGUACUUUGUAUUAGCCACCAAUGGCUCUGUAUUUAAUGAGUCUGUAGGUGGAGAAUUAACAAGUUACUAAACGGCCGGUUGCUCCGGCAGGAACCUUUUUUCUCUGCGUUAUACCGUAUUUGUAACUCCGCGUUGCAUUCAUUCCUCCCUCUGACAGACACAAACACAUACAGACCCCCCUCACAUACACACACACCCUCACACCCUACUUUACACGCACACACGGGUGUCUCUUCCCGCAACUCGCCGACCCGGAGUGGCUCCUGUGCCAGAGAGGCGCCCAUUCGUGUUCUGUACACAUUUGAUGUGAGCGUCCCUCAAGGCUAUUUGCGGCUCCGGGCUGAAUCGUGACAACGAACAGCCACGGUAGAUUCCACUAAAACCAAGGAGAGGGGCAGCAGGGACGCCUCGCCAUCCCUGCUGCCCUGAGGCGGCCGUUCCUUUCACCAGCCGCGGCAGAAAGGCGUUAUUUCCCUGUAAAUCUGAGUUCAGCUACACCGAUCUCGGAAACAGAUUUAUAAGACUAUAAAUUACAGUUUCUUUCUUUCGGGUUGGGGGAAGGAAAAGAAGAGGAGACAGAAAGGGGGGAAAAAAAAACACAAAAAAGGUGGGCUUUUUUGCAAAUAGGAGGUCCGUGUUACUUAGCUGCUGCUCACCCCUGUUAAAGGCUCCUUCCCAUAAGCUUGCGUAACAUUGAUUACUCACAAAGAGUUCACAAUAACUAUCAUGUAGCUAAACUAAUUGAGACAAUCAUGCUAAGUUAUAGUCAGUCUAAAAGGUACCAUUGAUGUGGUAAUGCCUAUAGAAAGUCAGACAUGCGACUCACUACCAUUUAAUUGCUCCUUUAAACCUGUUAUUACAACGUUAACUGGCUUAAGUAUAUAUUGCUGCCUUUUAUUGCCUUGAUGUGACAAAUUAAAACAUACACUCUGGAAGCGGCAUUCAUUUGCGUACGGAGUUGCAGGAAAAAGGGAGCCGGGCUAUGUCAAACCUGUCAGGAGGAAUUAAUUUUAGAACUUGCAUUUUGCACUGCAAUUCCCACUGCAGUUUUGUUGCACGGGGGAAAUAUUUUUCUAUAUAAAACAUAUUACUAUUAUGUAUAAUACUAUCUACGUGUGUUCCAUCUUAUGCAGAUCUGCCGUAAAAUGAGCCCCAUCGCGCUGAAAAUGUGCUUUUGGCUGCGAGACCUCGCUGGAGCUAAAUUAGUAGGAGGGCUGGAAGGAACCAGGGAGGGAGGGCUGAGCCGCUCUCGGGAUCGUUUAAAUGUACGAGGCUGCGGCUCUCCCGCCCCGCAUCCAGCACAUCCUACGCGGGCUGGGCGGGGGCUCGGCGGGCUUCAGUUAAUAAGCAAUAAGAUACUCCCGGUAUUGAUUACAUCCCUGCCACGGUUCCUCAGCGGCGCGGCUGGGCCCAGAGAAGCCGAGCAGAGCCGAGCCGAGUCGGUCCGCUCCAGUCUGCCUGUCCAACUGCCACUCGUCGCAACUCGACUUCCACCUCCCCACCGGGAGCUAAUUGAUGGCCCAUUAGGGAGGUGGGUGCCGCCAGCCGGACCCGUUCCCCUCCAGCCGGGAGCUGGUGUACAGCAGCAAUUCCCACUUCUGUCUGUCUGUCAGCUGACGGCCUGCGCUGCAAGUUACCUCGGUCCUCAUCCCUUCCCCCAGUCUCCAGCUAAACAAAGGGAGCGAAGAAAAAAGCACCCCAGGAAGUGCAAAGUGGAAAGCGACCCUCUUCCUAUCUGACGACACCGCCAAUUCCUCCGGGAUCCCACCUGAGAUUAAAGCCUGAAUUUCAAUAAAUCAGCUCUAAUGAAACCUCUGGCCCCGAAGAGGGGAGGGUUUGUCUUUCCCACUCCGAAACGAGCACAGAAACUAGAGGAGUGGGUGGGGAGAUAGUAAAUAUAGAAAGGGGUGUGGGGUUUUAAUCCCAGUGGGCUGAUUACCAUCGUUAUGAAAUAAACUGUACACCAACUGAUGUAUUUUAUCGUUCAUCCCUCUUUCUCUCUAUACUGAAAUAGUCGCAUUGUUAGUGCCAACAGUCUUGCAAGGCUACACUUCCC